GGGAACCGGGAGGACGGGAAGCGGCAGCUGCGCCGGAACCAGGAGGAUGGAAGGCAGCAGCCGCGCCGGGCCCCAUUGAAAACGAAACCAACCACAAGGGGCCAGCCGGCCGAACCCGCGGGCGCACCCAGCGUGAGCCAAACCCUCGCCUCCCCGGCUCCACUGUGGCCCUACCCCUGCGGGAAAUAGGACCCCCAGAUGAAACAGGCAACCCCCGACUCCAGUAUUGGCCCUUUUCCACCAGUGACCUGUACAACUGGAAAACACAGAACACUCGAUUCUCUGAUAACCCUAAAGACCUAAUAGCUCUUUUAGACAGUGUCAUGUUCACCCACCAGCCCACCUGGGACGACUGUCAGCAGCUCCUCCGCAUCCUGUUCACUACAGAGGAGUGAGAGAGGAUCCAAUUAGAAGCAAGAAAGCUGGUUCCCGGAGACGACGGUCAGCCGACAUCUAACCCUGACCUCAUUAAUGCGCCUUUCCCCCUAACCAGACCUCCACAGGAUGAAUGGGACUACAACACGGCAGAAGGUAGGGGAAGGCUACUCAUUUAUCGCCAGACUCUGAUGGCGGGUCUCCAGGCUCUUGCUCGCAAGCCCACCAAUUUGGCUAAGGUAUAUUCGGUCGUACAGGGAAAGACAGAGAGUCCAGCUGCUUACUUAGAGAGACUAAUGGAAGCCUUUAGACAGUUUACCCCCAUGAAUCCAGAAAUCCCUGAGAACCAGGCUGCUGUCGUUAUGUCCUUUGCAAAUCAAGCAGCUCCUGACAUAAACAAAACAAAACAAAACAAAACAAAACAAAAACUCCAAAGGCUAGAGGAUUUAGAAGGUAAACAGAUCCAGGAUCUGCUCCGUAUAGCACAACAGGUCUACAGCAACAGGGACGCCCCAGAAGAGAGACAGAUCAAGGCCACAGAGAAAAUGACUAAAGUCCUGGCCGCUAUAGUCCAGAAAGAACAGCCACCCCCAGAAGGCACUCAAACAACACGCCCUCCCAGGCGGCACUUAGAUAAAGAUCAAUGCGCCUAUUGUAAAGAAAAAGGCCAUUGGAUACGAGAAUGCCCCAAGAAGAAACAACUACACGAAGAUUUAAGUGAGUGCAGACAACACCCAAAUAUAACUCUCCUGCAGUAUGUUGAUGAUCUCUUGAUAGCUGCCGAGACGCCCAAAACCUGCAUCCAGGGAACCGAAGGUCUCCUGCGAACUCUGGGAACCUUAGGUUACCGGGCCUCAGCAAAAAAGGCUCAGAUCUGCAAGUCAGAGGUAACUUACCUGGGUUACUUACUGAAAGGGGGUCAACGCUGGCUAACGGAUGCCCGGAAGGAAACCGUCCUUCGUAUUCCCAGACCGCAGACACCACGACAGGUGAGGGAAUUCCUGGGGUCGGCUGGGUUCUGCAGACUAUGGAUACCAAGGUUUGCUGAACUAGCAAAACCCUUAUACCACGCAACAAAAGAUCACCAGCCUUUUAGUUGGACGGAAGAAGCUGAACAGGCCUUCCAGCAAAUCAAAACUGCCCUGCUAUCAGCACCUGCCUUGGGACUCCCCGAUGUUUCCAAACCCUUCCACCUAUAUGUAGAUGAGAGCCGGGGCAUAGCUAAGGUGGUGCUAACCCAACAUUUGGGGCCCUGGCGCAGGCCAGUCGCUUAUCUAUCUAAGAAGUUAGAUCCAGUGGCCGCCGGAUGGCCACCCUGUCUCCGGAUGAUUGCAGCCACUGCCCUGAUGGUAAAAGACGCUGAUAAGCUGACCAUGGGCCAAGAACUACAAGUCACCACCCCGCACGCCAUCGGAGGCAUCCUCAAACAGCCGCCUGACCGAUGGCUGAGCAAUGCCCGACUCACUCAUUACCAGGGACUGCUACUGAACCCCCACAGGAUCAUCUUCACCCCCCCCCCGACGGCCCUGAACCCAGCAUCACUGCUGCCAGAUCCAGACAUGGGGACCCCACUUCAUGACUGCACUGACAUACUGGCACAGGUUUAUGGGAUUCGAGAGGACUUGCAGGAUCAGCCAUUAUCAGACGCAGACGCCAUCUGGUUUACCGAUGGAAGCAGCUUCGUUCACCAAGGACAAAGGUACGCGGGGGCGGCCAUGACUUCAGAGACCGAGGUGGUGUGGGCAGAAGCUCUACCCCCUGGAACCUCGGCCCGGAAGGCUGAGCUAAUAGCCUUAACCCAGGCCCUAAAGUUAGGAAGAGAUCGCAAGCUAACCGUAUACACUGAUAGCCGAUAUGUUUUUGCCACCGCUCAUGUACAUGGGGCGAUACACAGAGAACGGGGGCUCCUCACGGCUGAAGGAAAAGACAUCAAAAAUAAAGAAGAGAUUCUAGCCCUACUAGCAGCCAUAUGGGAACCCAAAAAGCUAGCAAUUGUGCAUUGCCCAGGACAUCAGAAGACAACCGACCCAGUUUCCCAGGGCAACAAUUUGGCCGAUCGGACUGCAAAAAAACAUAAUCCCGGACCCCGGGAAUUGCCCCCCAGCCCUGAGUAUUCAGAAAGCGAUCUUCAAUGGAUGAGUAAACUUCCUAUGACCCGAGUCAAAGAUGGCUGGUGGAAAGACUCCAAGAACAACACUAUACUCCCAGAGAAGCUAGGAUGGCAGGUUCUAGAGCGGAUCCAUCACAGCACCCACCUAGGUUCCCGGCGAAUGUUAGAUUUAAUGAGACAGACUGGACUGAGAAUCAAAAAUGUCUCCGAUAAGGUUGAUCAAGUAGUCACUAAAUGUACUGUGUGCCAACUCAACAAUGCGAGUAGUAAUCCUCAGACAUCAGGGGCAAGACAAAGAGGGAGCAGACCGGGGACCUAUUGGGAAGUAGAUUUCACUGAGGUAAGACCAGGAAAAUAUGGAUAUAAGUAUUUGCUAGUUUCUGUAGAUACCUUUUCAGGAUGGACCGAAGCCUUUCCAACCAAGAAUGAAACGGCGCAGAUUGUAGCCAAAAAGAUCCUGGAAGAAAUCCUGCCCAGGUAUGGUUUUCCAGUAAUGAUAGGGUCAGACAAUGGACCUGCAUUGGUCUCUAAGGUAAGUCAGGGACUGGCUUCCAUACUUGGGGUUGAUUGGAAAUUACACUGUGCAUACCGACCCCAAAGUUCAGGGCAGGUAGAAAGAAUGAACAGAACAUUAAAAGAGACCCUAACCAAAUUGACCAUGGAGACUGGCGCUAAGUGGGUAGUCCUUCUCCCCUACGCUCUGUUCAGGGUGCGUAACUCCCCAUACAAACUGGGACUCACACCCUAUGAAAUAAUGCAUGGUAGACCACCCCCCAUCAUCCCUAACCUAAAAGAUGACCUUGUCAAAACUGAGAACGAUAAUGGUCUUGAACUCUUGCUCUCCUUACAAGCCUUGCAGAGGGUCCAUGAAGAUGUAUGGCCCAAAUUAAAAGAACUUUAUGAGACUGGACCCCCGCCUAUUCCUCAUCAAUUCUGACCCGGGGAUUGGGUCCUCGUCAAACAUCAUCGGCAGAGACUCGAACCCAGGUGGAAAGGACCCUUCCAGGUCAUCCUGACAAUGCCUACGGCCAUCAAAGUAGACAGAAUCGCCGCCUGGAUCCAUUACACCCACGCCAAACCGGUGGACCCGUUCUCAGACCUCAUCGGACCCUCAAAGACAACCUGGACUGUUGACCGGACUAAGGACAAUCCUUUAAAAUUGACCCUAGGCCGCCAACGGACUAAACCGUAA